AUGAAAGUUCUUCACUUUUUAGCUCCAAAUUCUGCAAAACCAACCAUUAUCAAUCUGAAGCAACAAUCUUACGGUCCAAUCACACAAACCCAGAUCGUGCUGCAUCGGAGAAUCAGACGAGCUCCAUCAAUAAACUGCUCAAACAGUGGUGGCAACAGCAACAGCGGCGACGGGAAGAUCUCUCAGCCGUUGGAUGGAGUGGAGAUAAGAUUCAAAAGAGGAUCGAGAAAGAAAAUGAGAGAAGAAGGUUCAGGAGAAGGAGGAGGGCAAAACGGAAAGAAAAAGGAAACUGUUCAGAAGCCAUGGGAAGAGAUGAGUUUGAAUGAGAAAGCAUUGGAGCUUUACGUGGGAGAGAAAGGUUUGUUGUUUUGGCUGAACAAAUUGGCUUACGCUUCGAUCUACAUUGUGAUCGGAGGUUGGAUCCUUUUCCGGUUUGUCGGACCGGCUUUGAAUCUUUAUCAGCUUGACACACCGCCUCUUGAUCCUAAAAACAUCUUAAAGGGUUAA